AUGGAUCCAUGGGAAGCUCUGGAGAAGCACGUAAAACUGAAGUUAAUGCAGACGACCAGUGAUGGGGGAGAAGAACUGAAUUCAUUUCUCGCAGACUGUUCAACUCUGGUUUGCCUCCUUCCAGCACAACUUGAUGUCAGUUAUCUGAGAUAUCCAGCUAUGGCGGCCAUGUUCAAUCCCAGCAUGCAACACUUGCAUUUCCUUUGUCCUGGACUGCGCCAUGACUACCACAUGGUGGACCACGAAGGAAUCAACUUCUCCAAGGUGUCCAAGACUUACGCCGGCAUCGAAGCUGUCAUGAUGAUGUUCCUGCAGGCACUCUACUUUCAAGAGAAUAUCUUGCCUGCAGUUCCAUCAAAACUGUGUCCUGGUGUUGAAAAGAUUUCACUGAAUCAGACGAGAUUGCUCCAACACGCAGUCCGGCGAGUUCUCCGUCUGUACAUGAUGAUGUUUGAGUUUCUGUCCGGCGGUCACACACAGGGCAGAGUCAAUCAGGCGGAGAGAAGGGACAAGGCUAAGAUAGAUGCCCUGAGUCGGCCAGUCCAAGAAGAAAGAGCCUUGAAAUUAUCUCUAACAAAGGUUUUGGAACUACUCAACAAGGAUGAAUCUUUUCUCAAAUCCUUCAGCUCAGCAAAACACCUACAGUGCCUGGGUCACCACACCGCCAUCUCGCCUGGCUGUGAACUAACAGAGAUCGUGCUGACCCCUUUCACCGGAGUCGGACUCUUCAUCACAAAACUAGAUUUUCAAAACAAUUCCCUCGCCGCUCUUCCGGACGACUUCUUCGAGAGUUUUCCGAACCUGGUGGAACUUCUACUGGCAAGGAAUUCAUUUACGUCGCUGCCAUCUUUGGCACAGUGCACCACUCUGGUGCACUUCGAUGUCAGUCAUAACCGCCUGUCAGUCUUGAACGACUUGGAAAAGGUGAAAGAUACCUUGACGACUCUUAUCAUCACAGACAAUCCGUUUGGUAGGUUACCAGAGAACGUCGUGAAAUGCACCAGUCUAGAAGAACUCCAGGCCGACAAUAUUGGCCUGGUGGCAAAUCUGGCGGACAUUUGCGACAAGCUUCAAGCUCUGAAGAAGCUAUCGCUGAACUUCAACAAGAUAGAGAAAUGGCCGACCCAGUUUCCGGUCGGACUUGUCGAGCUGGGCCUGGCGGGCGUACCGUUCGUGCAAUUGUCGGAAACAGCUUCAGGUUUCAGUCUCCUGAACUUCAACACGUUCAUUGCUUCUAACGUCAUGCUGUCCAAGAUUCCAGAACAGGAGAGAAUCGACUUGUACUCAACGGGAACUAAGAAAGACCCGUGGACCACAAUGACAUCUGUCUCACUUUCUGAUCUCAACACCCGUCUGUCGAAGCAAAAAGUCUACAGUCAGCUUGGUGCUGGAGAACUGGCAGGUGGUAAAGGAUUUCCAAGUGGACUACCAGCGAGUCUUUUCCAGUGCAAAUCUCUCCAGAAGUUGAAUCUGUCAAACCAUGCAUUCAAGACACUAGCCGAUGAAGUUCGGGAGCUGACCAGCCUACAGGUGUUGGAUCUGAGUCACAGCUACCAGCUCGAGUCCAUAUCUGCUGAACUGGCAACACUGCCGCUCACAGAGCUACAUCUGAAGGAUUGCCCGAUGUUGAAAACUCCUCCGGAAGAAAUCAUAGCCCGCGGUUUCUCCACGAUCUUUGGCUACUUGCGUCGUCUCCGGAUGGGAUCCGUACCCUGUAAGAGAACCAAGCUGAUGAUGGUCGGACUUGGAGGAGCAGGAAAAACCAGUUUGGUUCGAGCUCUCACAAACAGCAGCUUCCAGGCAUUUCUGGACUAUGAUGAGAACAUUACAGAUGGUAUUGACAUCAGUGAGUGGAAUGUUCCAGUGAAGGAUUCCACCGAGCCAAUCACAUACAGCGUGUGGGACUUCGCCGGGCAGACGGUCUACUACAACACUCACCAGUUUUUCCUUUCAAACCGUGCUGUGUAUCUGUUGCUGUGGAACAUCCGUCUUGGUUACGAGCAUGCUGGUUUGAACUUCUGGCUGAGUUCAAUUGCGUGUCACGCCCCACUGGCUCCGAUACUGGUUGUUGGAACACAUUGUGACAAGGUUGAGAAAACGAGACUCCCGACUGAAGAGUUACAGAGGCGGUUUCCACAAAUCUCUAAUUUCCACUACGUCAGCUCCUACUCUGGUGAGAUUUUUCAAGGCGUACAGUUCUUACACGAUCUUGGAUCAGUUCAGUUCUUUAACACAGAUUUCCUGAGGUCUCAAAUCGUCAUCUACCCGCAGUGGAUUGUUGAUGUGAUGGCCUGUGUUGUCACCGUGCAUGUUGGACCCAUCCAGAAUGGGAAGUUUCUCCACUGUGACAUGGCGAAGGUGUGGAAGGAUUACCCACCUGACCUUCACCCCUGGUUACUGCGCCUGACGGAGGAGUUUGAUCUGACGUUUCCACUCCCAGACGAAGCUGCCAACAUUGUGCCAUGUCUUCUACCCACCACAGAGCCCAAGUACACCUGGCCGGCAGUGGACAAGGAGAAUGGUUUCCGCGAGACAAAGAUGAUCUACGUGUUUGACUACCUCCCAGCCGGAUUGUUCAACAGAGCUCAGGUUCGACUGCACGAGUUCUCCACGAAGUCCUUGAUGUGGAAGAAAGGCUCUCUUCUCAACAAGAACAACCACAAGGCACUGCUGCUUCAGACCAGUGACACCAGUGUGGUUGUGAAGGUUCAGGGAUUUAAGCCGGAGAAUGUUUUGUUUCUGGUACACGAAGUAUUUGAGAGUCUGGUUCAGCAGUCAUACAGUGGUGUCCACUACGAUUUUUCCAUCCCAUGCAUGGACUGCCAAGCCGAGUGGAGUGAAGAGCCGUGCAUGUUUCCUGCAUCGAAGAUUCGCCGAGCCGUGGAAAUGAAGGCUCCGUUUCUACAGUGUGACAGCGCAUUUCACAUCCUGGCUAUCCCAGAACUACAAGCGAUCAUGCCCCCAGAUCGUAGUGCAGACUUUGAUGAACACCUCGGCCGCAGCGUUCGAGAGCUGCGUGACCUUGAGGAGGCCGUCACGACAAACACGUUCUUCCUGUACUCAAAGAAAAACAUCCCGUCACUGGCCGAGGAAAACUCACUGGUGCAUCCUGGGAAAAUUAUUGAAGACUUGAGAGCAUGCGACAUCAAAGUAUCGUUUUGUGACUCCCCAGAGACGGCAGAUAUGGAAACUUUGACACUGUCACUUAAAACGUCACAGGUUGUGAUGAUAGGGAUGUCUGAUGAGUUUGUUGAAGACGAACAGUGUAAGAAUCUGAUUGCCUACACCAAAGAGACUCUGCACAAACCCAUACUUCUGGCUGUGCUGGGGAAAACCACCAAGUGGAGAGACACUAACGUCAACAUUCUGCUUGCUGAUGAGGUGUUUGUGAAGCUUCAAGAUCCAUCUCGCUAUGAAACAAAGAAAGGUGAACUUGUGGAAAAGUUGAAACUGAAAGCAGGACAUCUGAAAAAGACUGCCAACUUUCCGAAAUGCUUCAUCAGUUACUGCUGGGCCAACUCGAAGAUGGCCAAGGAUUCUGGGUCUCACUCGGCAGCUGGAGCGGUCGGGUGGGGAGACCCACGAAAAAUCAAAGAAUUUCUAGAGAGCAAGGGCAUUUCUUGCUGGCUGGACGUCGAGAGAAUGGGAACUAAGGAGGGUUUCUUUGAGGACAUAGCUGAAGGUCUUAGAAAGGCGAAGGUCAUGGUUUCAUGUGUUUCAAAUGAGUAUGCCGACUCGAAGAAUUGUCGGAUGGAGUUCCGUUUUGGCGUCUCGACUCUGCGGAUUCCUGUCAUCCUGGCUGUUGUGGGGACGGGCUACAAGUGGGAGAGGUCAGAGGUGGGGCUGAUGGCAACAGGUAACGAUUGUCCCAAGGUCAACCUGCAGUACGAGAAUGAGGCUGGUCUGCUAGAGUUAUUCGCCCUUGUACAGGACGUACUGAGCAAGACAACUGAAGAUUCUGCCACAUCCGAGACUGCUUCUGAAAUGAGGAAAAUAGCAUUGCAGGAGGUUCUGGAGCUGGCUCAGCGUAAGUUCCUUCGACACUUGGAGAACUACAGCAGCAUGCUGGACCGCGAUGACUUCCCCAACCUCCUCACCCUCGACCUCAUCAACGAAACAAAGGUCAAGGACACUGUGGAGGAGGAGGAGGUUAAGGAUGAAGAGUUUGAGAAUGAGAUCGCGAAGUUGAUGGAGGAUAAGACGAUGGAUCAGGCGGAACAAGAAGACAAAUUACAGAAAGCUUACGAUAAAAAGAAACAGAAGGAUGCUGCUGUAAUAGAAAAGAAGAAACCACACAGGCAGUCUAAAUACUGCUUUAAGCUGCUGUGCGAGUUCGAACAGGGCUGGCAUUCCGUCCCAGAAUCAAUUAGUUUGCCCGACAGCAUCCGCGAUGAUGAAGUUUUUCUUAAGUCAGUGGCUCCGUACUUGGUGCGACUGUUCGCCAUCCUCAAACACACCAACAUACAGCUGAGUUGUUUGACCACACCAGAGGGGGAACAGAUGAGGAACAAACUGGAGGAGUGGUGUACAAAGAUGAUGUCCGAGUUUCAGGAGGAAUACACUCUGAUGCUGAAGACUGUGAUGGAGGCAGAUACAGAACGUACACUUGGAGGCCUGAAGAGAUGUCACAUGGCCAAUGGGAAGGUGUUGUGGCUAUGCGAGGAGCACCAAUCGCUAUCCGGCAGUAAGACUACCGAGCGGUACAAGGAUCAGCUUGAGUCUAUCGCCAGCAAAGAGGAGGAAGAGCAGAAACCAGAAACAACAGAACCCACCAUCCAGGAGUCAGCAGAGUCAGCAGAAAUAAAUAAAUCUCCUGUCACUGAAGACAAAACUGCACGGUCUGUGAGUUCCAGAACGCCGGUACGGAAAGGAGCGAAACUCAAGAGACAGACGUCGCAGGCCUGUGUUGUGAUGUGAGAUGGAUGUUCCAAGCCUGUGUUGUGAUGUGAGAUGGACUCCCAAGCCUGUGUUGUGAUGUCAGAUGGAUGUUCCAAGCCUGUUUUGUGAUGUCAGAUGGACGUCCCAAGCCUGUGUUGUGAUGUCAAAUGGACGUCCCAAGCCUGUGUUGUGAUGUCAGAUGAAUGUCGCAGGCCUGUGUUGUGAUGUAGUUAUUCAUUCAUUUCAACUUAUUUUCGUGCUUAUAUGGUUCAAGCACGCUGUCCUGGGCACACACCUCAGCUAUCUGGGCUGUCUGUCCAGUCUUUGACAACUUAUCCAUCCGUCCAUAUGACUGUCUGUUAACUUUUCUUGGCCAGGGUAUAUCAUCCUAAUCAGUUUAUAUAGGACCAUCAAAGCUUGCAUGUAAAUAUAACUUGGGCUUGCGGUGUGUCAUAUACAUGUAUAUGUAUACCUGUACCAUAACUAGGUGACUGUGACCUACUUUCCAUGGAUUCGUCCACAACAAACUUAAUUCAUCCCAAUGCACACAUAAAAUGUAUAUAAUCCAGUCAUACACAUAACACAUGCAUUCAUUCCCUUAUGGAAAUGACUUAUACACACUUAUAAGUGAAUUAUACUUGACUAGUGGUGUAUAAGUCACCUAUAGUAUAUAUUGGAAUAAGUGAAGUAUCAGUUGAAAAGAAUGGUUAACUGAUAUUUCACUGAUACACCCAUUAAUAUUAAUUAAUCUUUGUCUCAUUGGUAUUCUUGGGUGGAAUUUAGCUCAGUCUGUUGAGUGUUUGCUGGAGGU